AUGGCGAGCAAGUGGAGGCUGAAUAAGACCGAAGAGAAGCAGCUGAGACAAGAAGGUGAUGAAAUCAAAAGCCAGAAGCUUGCUGAAGGAAUAUCUGAGGAAGAUGCAGAAAAAGCCAAGAAUGACCUGAUUGCUGAGCGGACUCAUGAGCUGAAGAAGAUGAAGGCAGACAAUGCUGCAGCUAAGAAGGCUCAGACUCCCCAGUCAAAAGCCAAAGCUAAAGCAAAACCAAUCUCUGCCAGUGUUCAUCCGACCCCCCCGACGGACAGUGUGAAUCAUGAUUACUAUGACCGCUUGCUGGCGGCUUUGCAAACCAUUCAGAACCACAAGGUCUUUGCAAGAGUGGAAGAAGAAUCGCCGCUGGACAUCACAGGCAAGAAGAUGAGUGGUGUUCAGGCUGUCUUCAACAAUGACGAGGCCAAGCUGGCACUGAGUGGGGGGAAGGCUUACGGGGCGGCCUGCAACAUGUUCUGGCUGGACAUUGUGACCAGCUCUAGCCCAGGUGUUCCCAUGGAUGAAGAACGAGUGAGGAGGUGGGCCAGGACUGUGUUCUCAGGUGGUCGUGCAGCACACUUGCGGGAGAUGGUGGUUGUUGGGGUUCCAGCCACUGACACGGACCUCAACGCGUCCAAGGGGAGUUGGAAGCAGGUGACCCCGGAGGAGUUGACUCAUAGCAUCAUCUUCUACCUUGAGGAACUCGUUUUGGAUGAUAAAACUACUGAUGAAACCCUCAAGGAAUGGAAAGCUGUGCUACUUAGCACUCCAGUCAUGUUUGUUGUCCUCGACGGUGAUGAUGCCCACUACUGGGAAGCCUACGAACAGAUUGUUCAGACUCAUGACACGAUCCGGAGAACAGCAAGACAGUGGACUCAUGAGCUGACCAUAUUCAAGGAGAGAAAGGAAGCUGAGCUUGGAGAGUCCUUGACGGUAAAGAAACUUGCGGCUAUCUACAAAGAUCGCAUGGGGAAAACGGCGGAGUCCACCAAAUCGGAAAUGGGGCACAGUGACCAAUUCAUCAAUGACUGCCUGAAGGUGUAUGAAAAGCUACUGAAAAACGACUACAUCAAUGGCAAAUUGGACUCGCUGGAGAAGAAGUUCGGUUUGGACUCCUGCCUGAACAACUUGAGUAAGUUGAGGGUCAUUGUGGAGAAAACAGGCAACCUGAAAGAGCGACAGUGGGUAAUUGCAUGGAUUGAAGAUGCACUUACUGCUGGUGGAACCCCACCCUUGUUGACAAACGAUGCCGUGGCAGCCUAA